GUGAAUAGCCUUGUACCAUGUGACCUCUGUGAUCAUUCACAGAUUUCACACAUAGUAAGCAAUGAUGUCAGAAGUGACAUCUUGCUUACUACUUUGCAUGUGAUCACUGAUUGGCCAAUCAGUGAUCACAUGCAGAGUAGUAAGCAUGAUGUCACUUCUGACAUCAUUGCUUACUAUGUGUGAAAUCUGUGAAUGAUCACAGAGGUCACAUGGUCCAAGGCUAUUCACAACAGCCUUGUACCAUGUGACAAGCUGUGACCAAUCACAGCUCACUCAGUAGUUCUCAAAGGCUGCAAGAAUGCAGCUAUAGAGAAGGAGAAAUGAUUGCUUUUACAGCCUUUAUGGGUGUAAAAGCAAUCAGUGUAAAAAAA